UUUUUCUUUACUCAGAAAUAAAAUACAAAGGAAAAAGAAAAGAAAAUUGUUUAAUUAGCAGCGCCAAGCGAAGCCGAAGAUUUCUCCGUGCCUGUCAGCUUGUAAAAUCUAAACCCCCUUCGCCAUCCCCCCAUCAAAACCCCCCACACACACAAUCCCUCUCUCAAACACUCUUGAGAUUAUUAUAGCUUCGAAAUGGUAGGAGCAUCAGCUAUUUCUGCCGCUGCUGCCAGCUUCUCUAUCUUUCCUCGCGCCAAAUCCCCUUCUCUUUCUUUAUUCUCUCACAGAAGAAACUCGGUGGUUUCUGCCUUGCCUAGACCCUAUAGUGAUUCUUCAACUAGAUUAUCCCUAAGGAUCGACGAGAAGGGUUUUCGUGAUGCUAAACAAAGUUAUGUCACAGUGGAAGCAAAGGGGGGAAAUCCGCCCAUUAUGCCAGCAGUGAUGACUCCAGGAGGACCUAUGGAUUUGUCAUCUGUGUUAUUUAGGAAUCGCAUAAUUUUCAUUGGGCAGCCAAUAAAUUCACAGGUGGCUCAACGAGUUAUAUCACAGCUCGUGACUCUAGCAACUAUUGAUGAGAAAACAGAUAUUCUGUUGUAUCUGAAUUGUCCUGGUGGAAGCACUUACUCUGUUCUGGCAAUUUAUGAUUGCAUGUCUUGGAUAAAGCCUAAAGUUGGCACUGUAUGUUUUGGAGUGGCUGCAAGCCAAGGAGCGCUUCUUCUUUCUGGAGGAGAGAAGGGAAUGCGGUAUGCAAUGCCUAAUGCACGUAUUAUGAUUCAUCAACCGCAGGGUGGCUGUGGGGGUCAUGUGGAGGAUGUGAGACGCCAAGUAAAUGAAGCAGUUCAAGCUCGUCAUAAAAUUGACCAAAUGUAUGCUACAUUCACUGGUCAACCCCUUGAGAAAGUACAGCAAUACACUGAGAGAGAUCGUUUCUUAUCCACUUCAGAGGCUAUGGAGUUUGGGCUCAUCGAUGGCAUCCUGGAAACAGAAUAUUAAACUAGGAUUUUACUAUUCACCGUCUUUGAAUGCAGUGGGAAGUUGGAUAUAAUUUUGAUGUGAUUGAGUUGCCCUCCACUUUUUAUUAGUUGUGAUCCUACGUUACCAAGUGGUAUUUUCAAUUUCAAUGCCAAUUAUUCCCCCUAUUUUGAUUUUACAAA